AUGAGCCUUGGUGAGAAAGUUGGGAAAAUCAGGAUUAUUUUAAACAUAUUUUCUUCCAAAGAUCAAGGAGGUGAACCUUCAGAUUGUUUGGAAAAUCAAACAGUGGAAUCUUCAAACUCUUCAUUCUUCACUGAGGAAGAGCUUAACAAACUGAAAUCUGAUUAUGAAACGGGUGGAGUGGAAAUGGUUAAAAAAGUGUUACAGCAGAAAGUAACUGAGCUGGACAAGACAGCACUUAAUGUUGCAGUGACAGGAGAAACGGGUGCAGGGAAAUCUUCCUUCAUCAAUGCGAUGAGAGGACUUCAGAUCGAUGAUGAGGGAGCAGCUGAAGUUGGUAACAGAGAAACCACAAAGGAGCCAACCGGAUACAAACAUCCUCCCAACCUGCCAAAUGUUUGUUUCUGGGAUCUGCCAGGAAUUGGGACCAAAAAAUUCCCAGCGAAUAAAUACCUGAAGGAAAUGAAAUUUAAGAAAUAUGAUUUCUUCAUCAUCAUCUCACACUGUCGAUUCAAAGAAAAUGACACAAAAUUUGCCAAAGAGAUUAAACGGCUUGGGAAGAAUUUCUAUUUUGUUCGAUCUAAAAUCGAUAAUGAUCUUGAUUCAAAGAGAAGGGGAGGGGGGAAAUUUAAUGAAGAGGAAGAACUGGUGAAGAUCAGGAAGGACUGUGUCAGCAAGCUGCAACAGGCAGGGAUCCCAAAACCCAGUGUGUUCCUGAUUUCAAACUUGGAUCUGCAUCUGUAUGAUCUUAGUCUGUUAAAUAAAGCUCUUGAAGGUGACCUUCCAUGUAUAAAGAAAAGUGUGUACAUGCUGGCCCUUCCAAAUUUAAACUCAGACAUUGUGGAGAAGAAAAGGAAAGAGCUAAAGAAACGAGUCUGGAUGUUGGCGACGCUUUCUGGUGUAAUCGGGGCAGUGCCAGUUCCUGGAGUCUCCCUUGCUAGUGACAUCAGCAUACUGAUUGGCGGAAUAAUACAUUUCCGUCAAUGUCUGGGUCUGAAUGAUUCUGAUCUUGAAAGACUGGCCAAAAGGGCAGGGAAAUCUGUGGAGGAUCUGAAAGCAGUGAUAACAACUUCCCUGGUCGGGGGGGAGAUAAUUCCCGAUGUCAUAAACAGAUUGGCCUGGGGUGUUGCUGCUGUCACCAUCUCAGCAAUUGAGCUCGCCCUUGACAUCAUCCCAGUGGUUGGUUCCAUCUUUGGAGCAGGGUCAUCGUUCCUUAUGACAUACAAACUGCUGAAUGCUGUGCUGCAUGAUCUUGCAGAGAAUGCACAGAGAGUGGUGACAGCUGCAUUUAGGUCCGAAAAUCAUCCAAACCAAACAUCAGUACAGUGA